AUGCAUCCGGCGAAUGUGCAGGGAAUCAUAUCGACCCUAAAUAUGUUGUAUGUUCAACAUCUAUGCGCCACAAUAGAAGCCUGCCAGCUGGAUGAAUAUACAUAUAAUGUAGUGCUUCUACACGAACUUGUUGACAAGCUGCCUUCAUCGAUUAAGGUUGACUGGGCAAAAUAUCGACGAACUGUCCCACGCGUUAAUCUCACUACCUUUUCGACAUGGUUGUACGACCUGGCGGAAGCGGUCUGCCCACUUGCUACACUAUCAAUCAGUGAUCCGAGAGCGGCUCGUGGUAAAAAGGAAACAGCCUAUCUCAACGCACAUGCGGGUCAAGCAAACGAUGGUCAGCAGAACAGAACGAUUCGAACCAACAAACUAGCUCCACCAACUCCGACUGAGAAAUUAUGUCCAGUAUGCAAGGCCAGCUGCCCUUCGGUGGAAAAAUGUGCACGGUUCGUUGAGCUCGGAUACAAUUCCCGUUGGGCAACCGUAAAAGAGUUUGAGCUUUGCAGGAAAUGCUUGAAAAAACACAAAACAGCGUGCAAGUCUCAACAGAUUUGUGGAAAGAACAGAUGCCAAUUCAAGCAUCAUCAACUACUGCAUAAUCAUCAACGAGAAAGCAAUACUUCAUCAAAUACGCAAUGCGAGAACAAUGCUUCGACAUCUUCCGUGCCGAAAAGUAGCGAAUGGCAAUGUAAUACCCAUGUAAAGUCCACGAACGAAACACUGUUUCGGGUAGCUCCUGUCCUACUGCAUGGACCUGAAAAAAUCCUGAAAACCUAUGCGUUCCUGGAUGACGGGUCAUCACUUACGCUAAUGGAUGCCACUUUAGCAGCAGAGCUUAAGCUGAAUGGAAAAUUGGAACCCUUAUGCAAGGAAGGUAAACUUAACCAGCCGAUCGCCACAAAAACUCGGUUAGGCUGGAUCAUACACGGUGGAUCAAAACCGAGCGGUGAAUUCGUUGGGUAUCACAAGACGCAAAGGUGCUCUUGUGAUGAGCUGAACGAAGCGGCGGUGCGCGAAUAUUUCGCGGUCGAAAAUGUAGGCAUUUACCAACCGAAACAUUCACUUAUUUCAACUGAAGACCAACGAGCAAUAGAUAUUUUGAAAUCCUUCAAACAAACCGAAAGUGGACACUACGUUUCUCGAUUGCUGUGGAAGUAUGACAAUCUCCGCCUCCCGAAUAGUAGAUCCACGGCUUUACAACGUUGGCGUUGUUUGGAAUCACGCCUCAAAAGAGAUCCUGAGUUGGAGUCGAUACUUCGGAUGAAACUCAUCGAAUACUGCAAGAAAGGAUAUAUACGCAGGCUGAAGGAAGAUGAGCUAUCCCAACCCCGACCACGAAUAUGGUACCUUCCUAUCUUUCCAGUAUUCAACCCAAACAAACCGGGCAAGGUGCGAAUCGUUUGGGACGCAGCGGCGAAAACCAACGGAAUAUCCCUGAAUUCAAUGCUGCUCACCGGACCGGAUUUGCUGACGUCCCUUGUUUCUGUGCUCAUCAAGUUUCGGGAAAAUAAAGUGGCAAUAUGUGGAGAUGUGCGGGAAAUGUUCCACCAAGUGUGGAUUUCGAAAGAGGACCAAGAUUGUCAACGAUUUCUUUGGAAGAAAAAUCCAACAGAUGAGAGUACCCAGCAGCAGCAACGGCAAUAG